AUGUCUUAUCCUAUUGAUUAUUUAAAGCAGGGAGGGAGGUUUUAUUUAUGUUGGUUGGCAGAUACGUGCCCGCUGCGAUUUACGACUAUUAGUCGCAGGCAGUUGUACUCUCAGGAUAUUCGAAAAAUAUGUGAUGAUUUACUAGAAGUUACGACAAAUGAGUCCAGUGAUCCGGCAGCAAGAUUUUCUCUGCGCUUAAGUUCCCAGUUGCUUAGGGGCCUGGCUGUUCAAGCUGCACAUUUUGACCAGGACAUUACGUCCGUAUCUAUAAACGCCGUCAAUACGAGGCAUUUGAAGGAGGCUGUGAAACGUCUUAAACCGCGUUCAUCCAGUGGGCCUGAUGGCAUCCUUGGGUUCUUGGCUAAAGAUUGUAUAGCUGUACUGGAGGGGCCUCUCUUGCAUCUCUAUAACCUUUCAGUAACUAAUGCUAGUGGAUACCAUCACACCAGGUGGAUCGUUUAG